UGAUUGGUUGUAUAAGUUGUACUUGUUUUAUGUGGCGAUACAGCUGUUCAAGUGCUUACUGUAUUUAAAUCGGCAAAAAACGCUUGUUUGAAUCAACCCUUGUCGAAUUAGUGGUAAAUUCACUGUUCUGUGGUGCUACCGUGGAUUCCCAAUCGCAAGGUUCAUAAUUAUAACAUAACCAACCAUACAUAACCUUGUUUCUUUCGCAAGUCAAUGUGUUCUCUUUUCUGUUGAAUUUGUGAUAUUUACAUUCUACAUUAGAUUAGAGAAAUGACUGAAACAGACUCGCAGGAUACUAAAGGUAUUGUAUUUAAUUUUUUAAUAGAGCUGGGUUGCUGUAAACGGUGCGCGUUACGUUUUGUGGGCGACAGCAAUACGAACUACGAUAAUCCAACUGAUGAUGUUAAGAAACUGACAAGAAAGGAUUUGGGUCAAAACAGUAAUGAUGAAAAUGUUUUUAAAAAAUCAAAGCCAAAUCCUUGUAUCAUUUGUUUGGAUUUACUGCAAGAUACCACCCUCCAAACAAUGAUUUUAAAUCCUGAACUAGAGAAAGUUUUGGAAUAUGAUUCUGAUACUUUCGUGAAUUAUGUAAGUCUUCCUAAAGCUGUUUUAAUAAGGGAGCACAGUAUGGAAAUUUGUGUGAAGGAAAAAUUUCCACAAUUCUUUAAGGAUCGCAACGUUAUUGCGUUAAAUAGAGCUUGGUCAUUGUCCAUUCAAAAUAAGUUAGCUCAAAGGCUGGAGAAAAAAUAUGAUAAGAAUUCGUAUCUACAGAUCCAGUUUAAUACAAGCUAUGUAUUAGAUAAAGAGGAGUCCUUAGUUAUGCUUCUGCUUGAAGACAAAUCUAGGAAACAUAGCAUCCAGCAUGACCCACUCAGCUGUAAAAAUGUUACCUCUUCAUUACAAACAAUCAAUUCUGAAUUAUUUAAACAGAAAGUCUCUAUACCUCCUGCAACUCCUACAAAAGCUUUAGAUGUGGAACAGGUAUUUUACAAACAUGAUCAUGUAUUUAUAGCAGGGAGAUACUGUAAAUAUGCCAGAAAUAUGUUCCAAACUCCUUGGUCAGGUGAUGAUAUUCAAGUUGAAAUAAGCUCUGUUCAAGAAAAAAUAUUUGAUCAUAUAGAAAACAGUUUCAGUUGUAGUGCUAUGGUUUUUUCCUCAAGUGGCCGCGAAGAUUUUGAUGUGCGAACUCUUGGUAGAGGGCGUCCCUUUUUUAUUAAAAUUUGUGACCCAAAAAGAACCAAAGUGUCUUUUGAGAAAUUCCGUCAAAUAGAGCAGGCAGUAAAACAUACAAAGGUAGUGGAAGUUAGGGAUUUACAAUUUAUUGAUAGGAGAUACCUCAGUAAUAUUAAAGAAGGAGAACAGUUUAAAAAAAAGACAUACAGGGCUUUGUGUAUUGUUGAUAAACCUGAAAAUUUAACAGCGUAUAUAGAUAAAAUUAAUAACAUUUCCGCAGUGACAUUGCAACAAAAGACGCCUCUUCGAGUAUAUCAUAGAAGAUCUUCUGAUAUUAGAGAACGACAGAUUUACAGUUUAAAAGCUAAAGUUAUAAAUGGUAAAAAGAACUUGCUUGAAUUGGAUAUGAUUACACAAGCUGGAACAUAUAUCAAAGAGUUUGUUCAUGGUGAUCUUGGCAGAACUACUCCAUCACUUUGUGAAAUUGUUGGGGGUUACAUAGAUAUUAUAGCUUUAGAUGUUUUGGAUAUUCACCUGGACUUCCCACCUUCAAUCAAUCAUAAAGUGAAAAAUCAUCAAACGGUCAAUUAUUAAGUUGUCAACGCCUACAUGUGCCUGAUAAAAAGUUAAAAUAAU